UCGGACCUGAAUGAUCCGGCUUCGGGCUCUUCUUGCGUCACAGGUUGGCCGCCUUCAACGCGAGCCUGAGAGCCUGUGCCUUUCGCGGCUGUUUCAUUUUCAAGCAUCCAGAGCCCGAACCUUCUUCCAUCAUUCCACACACCAGUCCCCUGGCAACCGGGGAUACUUACAGAACUUCGCUUUUUCGUCUACCUUGGAAUUCCUGGUCUCGCUGUUCUCUUUUCUAUCUCACACAACUGAAAUCGCGGGGUACUUCGUACCAUCUCACGACCCCCGCCCCAACUCCUUUUGGGCCUGAAAGUUCGCGAUUCGUUUCGCCCAAUUUGGUCCUGACCAACAAAACCAACCUAUAUUAGCGAGCCGGUCACCCACCUAUCGCCCACGACAAUACAGAUUAAUCUAGGAAUCAACUGAGUCCUCUUACCCCGGAUUCUCAGCGUGAUACCUCGCAUCAUUCCGAUUACCGAUCCCGACGAGGGCACCCCUCGUCCGCGAACAUGGCGAGCGACGAAGACAUCGAGUCCUUCGUGGGCAUCACGGGCGCCAACCGCACAGCUGCUGAGCGAGUGCUCGAGUUGUGUGGCUCAGAGCUUGAGCAGGCAAUCCAACUUUGGUUCACCGACGAAGAUCUGCAGCGAUCAUUGAGCAAUGUCGGCCCAUCAUCCGCCCCGGCGGCCACAGCUCCUGCGAGUCAGUCUAGCAGGCCCAACCGCCCGCAGAUCGGUCGCGAGGACGCAGAAGGGGUCAUCCACAUAGAUUCAGACGACGAUGUGCCUAUGACCGAGGACGAAGUCGAUGAUGGGGACGAAGUUGCCGACGUUGUGCGGCGCGCCCAAGAGGAAGAAGACGCCGCGAUGGCAAAAAGGCUACAAGAUGAGUUGUUCUCCGGACCGGGAGCAGAUGAGACUGGUGAUGGUGUGCGAGCUCCCAUGGCCCGCACAACUGAGACCUUGGUUGGCCCAAACUUUGGUGGCGAUGAUGAGGAGGACGCGCACGCUGCUAUCCUCGAGCAGAUGCGCAGGAGACAACAAGCUCGCGCCCGGCCUACGACCAACCCAUUCGCCCAAUCCGUCUGGGAGGACAACGCUGCGGCACCAGGAUCUGGCCCCGGAGGAUCCACACGUGCAUCCCACCUGGCGAACUUGUUUCGCCCUCCGUACGACUUGAUGGCGCAAAUCAGCUGGGACGAAGCCCGCGACGAGGGGAAAGACAGCAAGAAGUGGAUCUUGGUGAAUCUUCAGGACACGUCCGACUUCAACUGUCAAGCACUGAACCGCGACAUCUGGAAAGAUGAGGCUAUCAAAUCCCUCGUCCAGGAGAAUUUUAUCUUCCUCCAGUACGACAAGAGCAACCUUGCGGCUGAGCAGUACAUUACCUUUUACCUUCCUAAUGAAGGCCACCAGAACCCAGACAACUACCCACAUGUUUCUAUCAUCGAUCCGCGGACGGGCGAGCAGGUGAAGGUGUUUAGUGGUAUUCCCUUCCCCAGCGCCCUCGAGUUCCACGCGCAACUCGCCGAGUUUCUUGACCGGUAUAGCCUGUCGGAAAACAGCAAGAACCCCGUUUCUAAGGCGAAGCGGCCGGAGCGUGUGGUCGAUGUCGAUCGGAUGACCGAGGAGGAGAUGCUCGAAAUGGCGUUGCAGAACAGCCUGGAUGGAAACGGCGGCCCAAAACAGCCAAACAUCCAGGAUCCCGACGAGCUCACCAAGUCGAUAGGCGCACUGGCAGGGAAUGGGAACGCAUCGGCAGGUUCGGCAGGGUCGGCGGCUGGAGAGCCGGAAGCCUCCGCGCCGGAGGAAUCCGCUUUUGCCCGGAUACCUUCGGACCGGCCCCAUGUCGAGCCGCCGGCGGACCCGAAGACGACGACCAGGCUGCAGGUCAGGAAUCCGCCCGGGCGCAUCAUCCGCCGCUUCCGUCUGGACGAGCCUGUUUCCCGCAUCUACGAGUGGCUCAAGGCCGAGCCGCUCCCGGGCAAGGAGGGGGUGGAGUUUGAGCUCAAGUCAAUGCCGCCGCAGAGCGCCGAUUUGAUUGAGCAUCUCGACGAGACGAUCCAGGAGGCCGGCUUGGCCAACGCCGUGGUCAUGCUCGAAUUUAUCUAAUAGGGAUAUGGGAAGG